AUGUCCGCCUUAGCGCCUGGCACGGGGAUCUUCGCCCCUCCGGCAUGGCAGGACGAUGUGUUCGCCCACCUCGACCGAAUCGAAACUGACUCGGCGUUCAAUGAGGAUCCAGAAGACAUUGAGGCGUAUGAGGCGUGGGUGCGCUCCGAGGUCGUGCGCAAGCUGGGAGGACAUGGGGAUACUCACAACGCAUCCAGCCGCGUCGCUUCUUCCCGGGUCAAUCACGAUGUCGCACCGGCAUCUCGGUCCUCCUCUCCUCCAUCGCGACUCAGUUCCCCUUCCAACUCUAGAAUCGCACGCCCCAGCGGAAUCAGUCUCCCACACCACACGCAGCUCCAGACCCGACACAUCAUUGGGACGCCCGCGCGUAUCAGUACCGCUCCUACAAUCGCGACGCCCACUCUUACCGCCCCCCUUCCCCAUCCUCCAAGUACCCGUAUUAGACUCUUGGACUCGCCCAUGAGUAUCGCGACUCCUCAGUCGCCUGAUAGAACAGACCCCAGCGCUAUCGCACGUGGACGUCGCGAUGAUCCGGCUACACCCGUGCCCCUCGGUACAGCAGAGCUCGACAAACUCAAAAAGCGAAAGGGGUUCCAAGAGCUCACCAAGCACCUUGCAGACAUCAUGCCCCCGCCAGCCCUUCCUCAGUCCGCAGGUCGUGGGCUGGGGCGAGGACGUGGAAGGGGACGGGGCCGUCUUGGAAUGACUGGGCGCGCCAAAAUCGGAGGAACCGCGCUUGCUGGCACGCGCAUCUGCCUCGCCCCGAGUGGACCGUGCAAGCCUCGCGCGGCUAUCAUCGUUCAGUUGGGUGGGGAGGUGGUACUUCAUCCUGACACCGCCGUCACACAUGUCAUCGAGGAUUCAGGCGCGUCAGCUGCCAUGCUCGCACGCCGACUUGGACUCCAGUCUCUUUCGGAUCUGCCGGUCGGGACGCAGAUCGUCAAGUGGGAAUGGGUCACCCAAUGCAAGUUUGAAGCCAAGCUACUGCCAACUGACAACUACCUCACCUUCCCCAGAACUACGCAACGCUCGCAUACACCUUCCGACUCCGAGACAGAAUCUGAUCGCCCACGGCGCAUGACGGCGGCCCGUCGCCGCACCGCAGGCUUCGAUGCCGGCGGCUUACCUCCUCGCUCGGUGCCCGCCCUCCAAAUGGCGCGCUCCGGUCCGCACGCGAUUACAACACGCAACGCUUCGCGAAACCCUUCCCGCCCUGUUUCCACCGACAAUCUAUCCAGCAUACAUCGCUCCAGUGACACUGAUCGCAUUGCCACGCGCCAUGAGCCAUCUGGAGGUCCGGGGUGGAUUGAGCCGACCGGUGGAGAGCAGGAUGCACUUGACAUUCUAAUCGUUGGCGUCAAAAACGGAAGCGUGUCCACAGAAGGUGUGGAAUCCGGUUCGGAGGCUGAGGACGAGCCUGGCAACCCGUCACGCAAAGCCGACUUCUACAAAUGCGGGCAGAAGCACGAAGGCGAACCAAGCAGAGGCCCAAACGAGUGGCUUGCCGUCCAGUUCGACAAGCUCCAUCACGUCUACGAGGGUCAGCAGGGCAAGAAUGAGUUUGCGAUCCGUGGAUAUCAGCGAGCUGCCGGUAUUCUGCGCCGCACUGAUAUACCAAUAAUCAGCGGCGCGCAAGCGCGCAAGAUUAAAGGCAUCGGGGAGAGCUUAGCUCAGCGGAUAGAUGAGUUUCUCGAAGGACGCCAAGGCCGCGCGUAUUACGAGGACACGCUUGAGGCUCGCACCAUCGCCACAUUUAAGGACGUAUACGGCGUAGGUAAAAACUUUGCGGCUGAGCUGUAUCGCAAAGGCGCCCGGACGAUUGAAGACUUGAAGACAAAGGAAUACGGCUUGACCUCAGGACAACGGCUCUACGACGACCUCAUUUCGCGCAUUCCACGCGAUGAGUGCCGGCAACUGUUCGAGUUGAUCCGUGAUGCAGCGCUGGCUAUCGAUGGCAAGCUAUGGGUAGAGAUCAUGGGCAGCUACCGCCGCGGAGCCGCCAACUCAGGAGACGUGGACAUUCUCAUCACACGCGACACCGCCGACAGGCUCACGCACGCAGGCAUCCUCUACCGCCUCGUCCACUCUCUGCGCCAGAGUGGUGUAAUAACACACGACUUGUCAUGUCCACACGAUUACUUCGACCUCGAGGCCAAGUGGAUGGGCGUAGGCCGCAUUCCGGGUGGCAAAUACCGUCGGAUCGACAUCCUGACGAUUCCCUUUGAGUACUGGGGAGGCGCGCUGAUAUACUUCACUGGGAACGAGGUUUUUAACCGUUCGCUCAGGCUCUAUGCGCGCAAGCAGGGCUACUCCCUCAAUCAGCGUGGUUUAUUCCGCGGCGUCAUCCGCGACCGAAAGGGCAACAAAACUACAGAAGGGGAGCUUGUUGCCUCUCGCACGGAGGAGGAGAUCUUCGAUGUUCUAGGUAUCCGCUGGCGGCCGCCCCAUCAGCGUCGGCCGUAG